AUCAAUGCUUUUGAUGGGAUUGGUUACAACCACUAUCCAUUUCACAGCCAACACUGUUUGUGUGCACCAACCACAAACACAAACACUGUUUCAGCGUUUUGGGCAUUUCUCAACUCUCUGUAACUCUCUUGGGUUCCUUUGUUCUAAGUCCAACUACUUGUUACUCUCAUCCUCUACACACCCCAGUUGGGGAACCAGGCUAAAGUCACCACCUUUAUCUUUAUCUCUGUCUUUGAUGGCUACCCAUUUGCAUGUCUCAGAAGGUGCACCCAAUGAAAAAUUGGAGCCUUCCUCUUCUCUUGCACUUGGAGAGCAUGACCUUCUCAUCGUGGGUCCUGGGGUUCUUGGUCGUUUGGUGGCUGAGGAAUGGCGGAAGGAAUAUCCAGCUUGUCAAGUUUUUGGACAAACAGUAACCACUGAUCAUCAUGAGGAGUUGAUUAAAAUGGGUAUUCAUCCGUCUUUGAAGUGGACCAAAGACAUGCACAAAUUUCCCUAUGUGAUUUUCUGUGCUCCUCCUUACAAAUCCUCAGACUACCCUGGUGAUGUUAGGCAAGCUGCAUUAUGCUGGAAUGGUGAAGGUUCUUUCCUGUUUACAUCAAGCUCUGCUCCUUAUGAUUGUAACGAUAAUGGAUUAUGUGAUGAGGAUACUCCAGUCGUGCCUAUUGGAAGAAGCCCCAGGACUGAUGUCCUUUUAAAAGCUGAAAAUGUUGUGCUGGAGUUUGGUGGUUCUGUUGUGAGACUGUCUGGACUUUAUAAAGAAGAUCAAGGUGCACAUGCUUAUUGGUUAGAGAAGGGGAUUGUUGAAUCUCGUCCUGAUCAUAUCCUGAAUCUUAUACAUUAUGAGGAUGCAGCUUCCCUCUCUGUUGCAAUUUUGAAGAAAAAAUUUCGGGGACGGAUUUUCUUGGGUUGUGAUAAUCAUCCUUUAUCCAGGCAAGAAGUGAUGGAUCUAGUCAACAAAAGUGGUAAAUUUAGUAAAAAGUUUGAGAAGUUUACAGGAACUGAUGAUCCCCUUGGAAAGAGAUUAAACAACUCCAAAACACGCCAGGAAAUAGGGUGGGAGCCCAAGUACUCUAGCUUUGCUCAUUUCCUUGAGACCAUUUGAUUAACUGCUGAGUGUAUCUUUGGUGUUGAAAUCAAGUCUAUUCAAUAUUUUCUCCAUGUUGACAUCGUAUAGAAAAUAUUAUCAUUAAUCAGUUUUUAAGUGGAAACAGAAACUCUCAAUUUGAUAUUUACCAAUACUAUUUGGCAUGUAUACUCUUACUUGAGAGGAAUUUUUAGCAUUGCUGUGGUGGGGUAAGCACAUGAGAUGCAUUAGCAGAUUAGUUGUUGUCCUUGUUAGUUACUAUUAUCUUUGCUUUGAAUGUAUCCAAUCCUCUACCAGAAACUACAAUAGUAAUUUU